CAACCACCAAUUGUUGAAGGAUGUCCAGUAGACAGAGACAUAGUGACAUCCAAUCUGACAAGCAGUCAGACUUGGUCUGAACCCAAAAUCACAGAUCCCCACGGGACAAAAGUUCGCGUAACUAAGAAUUACCAAACAAGCUCAUUUGAAUUUCCAUGGGGAGAGUUCACUAUCCAGUACAGUGCUGUAAAAAUAUCGAACGGUCUUAAAGCUGAAUGCAAGUUUACCAUCUCCGUUAAACCAUUUCCUUGUAAGGAGAUGGACUCACCGAUAAACGGUAUCAUCCUGUGUAAUGGCUGGAGAAAAGAAUAUUCUCACAUCUGCAUAUUUGCCUGCAAACAAAACCAUACACUUCCACCCGGGUAUAAAGCAGAUGAUGUUUAUGUUUGUGGUGCCACAGGACACUGGCUUCCAGCAAACCCAGUACCACAAUGUGUCUCUGAAAAACUGUUUCCAGGGACCCAAGUACAAAGGUUUCCUUCAUGCACAAAACCUACUGACAAAGCAGAUCUGGCAGAGUUCUAUAUUGAUUUCCUUAAAAAGUCAGCAGUGAAUGCUCUUUGUGAGCAACAUAGUGAUGAUUGCAAGCCGCAAAAUGUUGACAUUGAAUGUUAGAGAAAUAAUCAAACAAAAUCUGAACAGAUAUUGCUUGUUUGUUGCAAAUAUUUGACAAAAUGUAUUAAGAAGAGACAAAGAAUAAUUAUUUGAA